AUGCAUUCAUCGGGAGACAUUGUAACUUUCAUGGACUUCCUUGAUUUAGAUGAAGAACUAAUAGAUUUAAGGGUAAAAAAUCUAAUGGAAAGAAGUAAUUUCACAAAUGAACACCUGCUGAAUUUUAUAAAUUUGCUGAUGUAUAAGCAGCUGAUUAAUACCCGCGAAGAGAGUGAAUGCUGUAAUAGCGAAGAAUUUAAUUUUAUAGGAAAACUUAUUAAUAAUGUGAAUGAUGAGAACAUCGAAAUUGUAUGUAAAAUCAUAAAAAUAGUUCUUAAUUUAAAUCAAAGUACUAUUAUAGACAAAUCGGAACAUCUACUACAGCAAAUUCUUUUUGAAGUUUACCUACCAGAACCUAAAACUGUGAUAAACACUGAUACAGAAAUUGAAAAAUUAAAUACAACUUUGCUGCACUUAAAAAUAUGUGGGAGUAUUCUGGAUGCAGUCUUAUAUUGUGGCUUUAAAUUAUCAUUACCAUUCCUUGAAACACCAUUGGAACAUAUAAUUUUUAGUAACAAUGAAAAACUACAAGUAUAUUUUUUAACAAAUACUGUUACUAAAUUUUUCCAAAGUGUAAUUGGUUACAACAUUCUUGAUAGAAUUUGGAAUUUUCUAAGAGAGUUAGAAUAUAAGACAGAAAUAGCAUUGAAAGUACUAUGUUGUCUUUCAAAUUACUAUUUGCCAAUAAACGAUAGCUCAAAUAAUAUUCAGCUUGAAUCUGAUGUGAUCUUUCACUCGGAAUUUUGGAAUUUUAUCCUCUUGGGAUUAUUAUAUAAAGAUAAUACAUCUGCUAGAAAGCAAGCUGUCUAUUUAGCUAAAAGAGCUGUUGAUUGUGCAUUUCAAAAUAAUAAAUAUGUAAAUGUGACUUCUAAUAGUACCUUUCAUUGGGAUUACAAAAACAAAAUCAAACUGAAGAAAAUAUGGGAUAAUUAUUUUAUACUAAUAGAUAGUUUAGAUGAAAAGCAAAGCAAUAUUGUUAUGCCAUCAUUGAAAUUGUUUAAUGAAGUUAAAACUAUAGGACAUUGCUGGUUAAAUUGUGCAUUUAAUAUUGGCCUUUCUCAUGACAAUGCUCAGGUUAGAUUUGAAUGUUUGAAGUACCGCCUGCAGUUUAAAAUUAUAAAUAAAAAGGAAGCACUGCCAUUGCUAGAGGCAAUUAAUAAUAUCAAUUUAUUUGAAAAUAAGAAUGAAUAUGAACUACUUACUACUAAGUUAAAGGAUAGCUUUAAAGAUAUUAGCACUUUGAUUAAUAUUUUAAAAGUAUUACCACAAAUUAAAUGGUCUCCUAUCCCUUUAUUUCACAUAACAACAGUCUUAGCUGAUCUGAACAUUGACAAUUUUCUAGAAAAUAUAGAUCAAGUACAGUUAAUAGAUUUAAUAGGACAGAUAUUAAAAGUACCGUGUAAUAAUAAAGUUAUGCGAAAAGCUGUUCAAAUUAAUAUAUCCUAUUUUGUUGGAAACUGUUGCAAGGGAUUAAAUUGGAAGGAAUAUUUAAGCAUAUAUCCACAUUUACAUUUAGAAACUGUGACAACAAAUUGCAGAAAUCCAUUCAUUCAAUAUAUUAGAGAGAAACUUAUAAUAUCUGAUAAAAGGCAAUUAAUUCAACUUACAACAUUUUCAUAUACAAAUAUAGAUUUUGCCAUUUUAUAUUUUGAGGCUCAUGAUGAUCCAAUGUUUCUGGAAUUUAUAAAUGAUAUUGUCAGUAAAAUUAAAAAUAUAAAUAGUAGGCAAUAUGCAAAUAAGAGUCAGUGUUUAGAGGAUGCUGUUGUUUUAGUUCAUCUUUAUAAGAAAAUAAUACAAAGAAAGGGCAUAUUUUUUGACAAUAUUCGAGUGAACUUUGCAACUGUUUUACAAAUUAUAUUGCAAUAUGUUAUGAGUCUACUUACAAAUACUAUUAGUACAGAUAUUGAAAUCCUUAUUUUACUAUUUGAGGCAUUAGAUUUUUUAAAUAGUCAAAUAAAAUUGAAUGAUAAUGAUUUAUUUCUGCAAUGCUAUAAAUCUUCCCUAUUGAUUUUGAAAGACAAAAAUACAGAGUUAGACAAAAAAAUACUGGCUAUAUUCAUUAUGAAUAGCUGCUUAAAAUCUCCGGUGAUGUUGGAUAAUUAUAAAUAUGAAUUAUUUGAUUUGAAAACAUUCUUAAAUAUAAUAGAGAACGUUACAUUUCAUGACAAUAUAAAUAAGGAAAAUAGUGGCAGAUUAAGAAAUGCCUUUUUUGAGAAAUCAUGUGAAAUUGUUUACUUUUUAAUUAAUACUACAAAUUAUACAGUAAAUAAAAAAAUUGUGGAUUGUAUCUGUCGCAUAUUAGAAAGUGGUGGUUAUGGAUGUUUGAAAUGGCUUCUGACAAUUGUUAGUAAAUUACUUCCAGAAAUAUUAGAAGAUAAAACUAUUAAAUUUGAUAUGCCACAGUUUUUACAUAGAAUAUGGAAGGAAAUAGAAGACCUAAAGUCUAAUAGCCAAUAUACAAAAUGUAUCGAGGAAUUUGUUAAAAUCAUUGUACAAGAUGCACUUCUAAAAAGACCAGAAUAUAAUAACGUUGUUAUAUUAUACUGUACCAAAAUUAUUGAGUAUGCAUCACUUAAAAAUGCUCCUAUGUACUAUUUAGUGAAGCAAAUGAAUAAUAUGAACAUCUCCAACUACCCUCAUAUGAUUUACAUUUUAAGUGAAAUCUUACUGUACUCUGGCGUUCUAAGGAAAGAUCAAAGAAUCACCGAUAACACUAUAGUAAAAAUAUUGGGAGAACCAAAAUAUGCAAUUGAUAGAAAAUCCAUCAUAUUUAAUUCCCAUAUUAAAAUAUGUGCAAUAUCCAUUUUAACCAAAAUAACUGAUCCAGAUAUAUUGAACACGCUGAUGUUUUUAAUGAUAAAAAAGGUAGAAGAAUUGUUUAAGAACAAACAACGCUAUCACGGAAAUUCACAACACGAAAAAGUUCUUCAAUCGUGUGUACAGAAUUUACUUUUAAUUUUCUUAAAAUCUAGGAAAGAUAAUUUGGAAUACACUGUGGGAUGGAUUUUAGAAUUUCUUGGUAGGAUCCCGCAUCAGCCAUAUGUUAGGGCAUGCCUCGAGUGGUACAUUGCUGUAUAUUUUUAUUACAAGGGUACAAUCAUAAACAAAGAAAUGUUAAACAAAUUAAAAGCAAACAAUGUGCCUUUGCAAUCGCAAUUCAUGAUUCUCUUUUGGAUUAUUUCACAUAAAAUAAAGACUGAUAACUGUCUCAAAGAAGAAUAUGAACAUGUUAUGGAUUUUCUUCUAACCCAUAUAAUGGGACCAGUGUACAGUGUGCGGUUAUAUGGACAGUAUCUAUCCACAAAGGUUUAUGACAAGAGCCUUUCAAAUUCUAAAUUGGGCAGUCAAAAGUACUCGUACACUGUCGACGUCAUUAAGAACACGUUAAAAGAAGCUGAAAAAGUUAAAGAUAAAAGCUUUAUGAAACUGAUGGAUGAUUAUUUCGUCCAUUCAUUUGAUAUUAUUGAAGAUCUAACUCCGUGUGCAAUAUUUUGGUCUACAUCCAAACUAGGCAAUAACUUAGAUACAAUAGAUAGCGAAUUUUUGAAACAUUCCCUAAAUGAAGUAGAUGAAAUAAUCAACUCUCAGCCAGGAAAUGAAUUUUUAGAGGAAUGGAGGAGAAGUCAUAAAUCCAAUGAACCUUUGUUCCAAAUAAAUGAAGUGUUAUUCGAAAGUGAUAAAGUUUUAGAAAAUAAAGAAACUGGAACGAUCCAAAAGAAGUAUGUCCCUUGGAAGAAUAUGACUGAUAUUGAUGUUUAUGAUGUAGAGAAACAAAAAAGAAAAUCCAACUUAAUCGUGGUAGCGUCUCUAAUCGAUAAAUUGCCGAAUUUAGGAGGAAUGGCGCGAACUAGUGAAGUUUUUGGAGUCAAUACGUAUGUAAUGGACAGUGUACGACAUUUGCAAGAUAAACAAUUCCAGGGAUUAAGUGUAUCAGCGGAAAGAUGGAUCAACGUAGAAGAAGUUCGUCCGGCAAACCUUAAAGACUACCUGAUGAUGAAGAAGACCGAAGGCUUCUCCAUAGUGGCGGCUGAACAGACUUCUAAUAGCAAACCGUUACAAAAAUUUAAAUUUCCAGAAAAAACUUUGCUUUUGCUUGGUCAUGAAAAGGAAGGCGUUCCCUGUGAUCUGUUGCCAUUAAUGGAGCAUUGUGUGGAAAUCCCACAACAAGGAGUGAUACGAUCUCUGAAUGUGCACGUCACUGCUGCUAUAUUUAUAUGGGAAUAUGCUAGGCAGAAUAUGUUG